GCUUGAGGAAGAAAAAGGUUGUCAGGCUGUUUUUGUAGGCUUUUGUGGCAGAGAGACCAUUUCUGCCCACACCAUCCCAGAGAUGUCAAAUAUCUGACACAGCCCUGAAUGGGAAUGAACAUUCAAAAGAAGGUUUCUCUUCCCCUGGUGUUAGUCCAGUGUAACGCUCUUGCCCACCUCUUCUUCUGUCUGACAGUAAACAACAAUCAGGAACACCCUCACAACCAUUUUUCAAACACAAUUCAGGGUCCUAGAGGCCCAGAAAAGUCACAGUGACAUGCUGGUAGGCAUGGCAGGCAAGCAAGGACCAGCCUACAUCUCUGGUGCAGAUCUUAGCAGAUCAAACGUGAAGCCUGCCAGCACCUUGGCUAAUUGAGAGAAUAGCAACUGAAGAUUCAAAACCUGCAGGCCUGCCACCAGUAAUUAUCCAAAACUAUCAUUAUUUGUGAGCUCCAGGUUUCCCUGGAGAUUCUGGAUAACCAAGGUCACAUUGUCACAGAGUUGGAGAUGUGCAUAAGGCAACCUGGAUCUGGAGUGUGAUUGACAGAACUAUAAUUGUUCAGCCUGAAAAGGAGAUAACGAAGAAGAGUCACGAGUGAAUGAUUUGAAUUAGCUCAAGUUAUUCUAAAACAUGAAGUCGCUGAGCAGCCAGGGGAUGGAGCUGAGACCACAUGAGGGGAAAGAACAGAACAUGACAGUAUUUCACAGCAAAGAUGAUAAUCAAGGGGAGGGGGCUUGCCUGUUAACUAUUAGCAUUGAAUACAUUAACGUUGUGUAAAAAAACUGGAAGCAAUGUGUGAUAUCCAAGGGUUUGCCACCUGCCUUUGCCACCAGAAGAUUGUGUAGCUGAGGGUCUUUGGACGUGGAAUUUUUCAGCACAUGUUUCUUGCAUUUCCCUGAUUAUCUUCAAAGUGUUUUUUUUCUGGUGAAAGCCUUUUCCUCCUGUCCAGUGUUACAGAUGUGGCGGGCAGACAUGGCAGUGCAGUCUUCAGACUAACUCAGUUAUGAAAAGCCUCUGGUGCCCACUGCCAAUGCAAAUCCAGCAGUUUACGUGAAAAAGAAUUUUGUUUUCACUUAAAAAAAAAAAAAAAAAAAAAAGAACACAUAUUUUACAGAUGUGGAAAUACCAGAAGCAUAAAUGGUCAGUGGGGUAGUCUCUGUGAACUAUUAUGCAUUUUAGGAAAACAUCUUACUUAAGGUGCACCUAAAUUAGGGAAAAUGAUACACUGAAGGUAGAGGGAAAAUAAUAAUUUAAAGACAUCAAAAAGGGAGUGAGGAGAGGUCUAGACCUUGCAAAAGUAUAAUGCUACCACAGUCCCAGAUCUAUGAUGACAAUUCAGUGCCUCAGCUCUGCUAAUACAAAACUACAAGCCUCCAAAUAAAAUUAACUUGCACUUCAAGCGCUGGAAACCUGGGAGAAGGGAGAGGAGUUACACUUUUAUCUCAAGGAUGGAAGCGUGAUACUCUCGCAAAUAAACCUCGUCCCUGCCACUUCCCAUAGAUAGGGAGGAUGUGGUGGUUACCAUGUCCCUGGCUGGUUGGUUCUGCAAUUACUGUAAAUGGGCAGUAAUUAAUUAAAUAUGCCAUUUCAUUCAUUGCCUACCACAGACCACAAGCUUUCCCUUCUCUGCCUUUGUUGCACCUGAUCUAUGCUGCAGCCGUCCAGCCGAAUGCAAAUCUCCCCAGUGCAGGUGACUUUGAUGAGGCUGCAGCAAGCUCCAGAUUCCAUCUCAUGAACACAUUGCUGACAUCUGAUUUAUUGUCUUGUGCAGCGCAUUUGUAUACACCACCAACAAAUUUGUAGCCUUCUUUGUAAGCUGCCUUCAUAGAGCUGUAACCCAAAUCACUCGCUUGAAAGUCUGGGUAAUCCUGCCACUAAUCCAUCUGUGAAAGGACAGCAAGGACUUCAUGCGACAGGGUUUUAUAUUAUUUCUUUUGACAAACUCUGCGGGAGAAUGGGAUAUCAUUGUCACAAUCUGUUCGGGAGCUCGUGCUUUGCAAGCAGCACUCCCUCUCACUACACUGAGCUAGCUGAAGUCUUAUUAGUCCUUUGUAUUGCAGAGCAGAGGCAGCUGAGUGCUGGAACUGUUGAGAAAAACCUGUCAAGCUUAUCAAUGAAGUGUGCACACAUCUGUCUGCAGGUUUUCUGGCACUUGCUUCAGUGCAAACUUUGGCUCGUUGCCACCAAUUUGUACAUCUGCUGCCAUAAGAAACAUCAGUGGUCUCACAGAUCCUGUCUGACUUUCCUCCCUUUGGAUGUACCUCUCCCAGGGAUGCAGAGCUCACACAGACAGUGGCAUUUGCUAACUGUUUUGAUAUUUUGCCAGUUUCAUGACCCAAAACCUGCAUGUGAACAUCAGUUAUUGCUUCCAAAGUCAAUGACGUUGUGAUAAGCAACCUUGACUAUGUCAUCUCUGUCUGUAACUACAUAACUAAAAACUAAAACUAGCAUUGGAUGGUGUCUGACUAGGCAAGAUAUCUUUGUUACUAGUCCCUGGACAGGUUCUGUGUGCAAGUAGCAGUGAGUGGGAUGCCUGUGCCAGGAAUCUCCAUACCAGCAUUGGUAUAACUGCUACUGCAAACAUUGCUCUGUCGUAAUGAUUUUAGUGAAACAAGACCAUUCUGUGUAAUCAUGAAAUAUAGUUUCCCAGUGUUGAUAAGCUCAAUUGAUGUUGGAAAGUACACAGCAUGAGCUGCCAAGGCCAAUAUGUCCUCCUUUCUGGAAAAAAAUAGCAAUUUUCAAGCAGUACUGAGCUAACAGAAAUCUUCAAAUCUCUUUUGUCAUUGAUACUACUAUUUAACUUCGGGUACAAUUCCAGAAACUUGUAAUUGCUAACAUUCUGUCUUUUUCCGUGGCUGUCUGAAAGAGAAAUGAGAUGAACUCUGCAAAGUUUUGAAAAUAUUCCCUUCUCAGUCAUAUUUUGUCUUCAGUUUUUCUCCACAUCUCAUCAGGUGCCUCAGGCUAAAGUUCAUCUCAUUCUUGUCUCAGUCCAGUACUCAUAAUUCUCUGACAACUCAAAACACUUUGUGAUUCUAGCUGGCCCAAAUCAUCCAUCACACUUAAUGCUCAAUGCCAGACACUACAGCAGGCAUAUAACUCAGCUGUAGACACCACAGCACGUUCUCUGAUCGACCACCAGAGACUGUAGGUGUUUCCAUAUCAUUCUUGCUUUCUGAACUCCAAAUUGCACAGUGCUUCUGAAGCUCCCUGACACUGAGAUGGUAAUUUCAAAGGUAUUUUUGGGCCAGUGUGACCUUAUCCUACGGUGUGUGAAGGGUUUUCUUGCUCUCACAAAGACUGACUCUGUAAUUACUCUGUGCUUCCGCAUUAGGACCCUGCCUUUAUCACCAGCCAGCGUGUUUUGCCCCUUUUGCACUGAAAUGCCUUGGAAGAAAUAAGGAAUAAGGAGGCCCAUCUAAUUAAAUGCCAUAAGCAUCUAAUUAACUUUACUCUGCCCAUAUGUUGCAGCCAUACCUGGUUUCUAAAACCAUAGCCAUUACAGGAGCUGAAAACUGUUCAAGGGCAUGUUAUACUAUUUUUCAUAAUUUUAGAAUAACAUGCACAAAGAUAUGAUGGAUUCACCAUCAGCUGCACUCCAUGAGUGAGGCAUGGAUAUUUCUGUAAAAAGCAUGGUUCAGCUCAGCCCUGGCUCUUGAUACAGUAAACAGAGGGUGAGGUUUUACGUCUUGCAUUAAGUGGGAGACAAGGUGCAAUUCCCCAGCAUAGCCUUUCUGGUGUUGUAACAGAAAAGUUUUACCAUCCCUUUAUUUCCUCACAGAGAAAAAAGAAAUGCAGGACCUUGCCAGACCUGUCUCGCCAUGCCAGAGAUUGCCAACACUGAGCCCAGCUACAGUGGCACUUCUUGGGAAAGAAUCUGCCCGGUCCAUCACUGCCCCAUUCCUGCAUCGCCCAGGCUGGGGGGAGACCACCUGCCCUCCUCCAGCCACACGCUGGGGCCAAUCUCCACCCAGUCCAAUGGUCAGUGAUCCUGUGCCAGCUUCUCAUCAUGAGGCUUUGGAAACCCCCUGGAAACGGUGGUCCCCUGGGCAGCGACUCUCUCGGCCAAUGCAGCACCACAUUGUAACAGUCAGGUAAGAUGCACGUGGACAGCGGCUCAGCAGUUUUCAGGAGGCAUCUCCUGAACUCUCGGACAGGAUCAGAAGGCUCUGAGUGAUCUUGUUCACCAGUUUGAAGCAGUAGAUGCCCCCAAAAAUAUAUAGAGAGAGAAUUUUCUCUCUCCACCCAUUAGGAACAUACAGAGCUGCCAUUCCCGCACCUGGGAGAGUCAGGAUUUCCUUCUCAAGGUGACCUGUUGAAUAGAGCCAAGGUCACUCUGUUACUCCUGCGUCAUCCAGCUGUGAUCAUGCCCAUCUUCUGUGAUCCUCCCCUUUUCUCCAUUUGCACUGCAAGAUAGCCAGCUGGCUAAUCCUUUAUCUUGGCAGAGUUUCUGAGAGAUAAGAGCAUGGUUAAUUUCUUUUUCUAUUCCCAAUGAAGCUGCUGCCUAUGAUGGAGGUGAGGGAAAUACAGUUAGAAAUACAAAGUUGGGGAAUACGACUUGGUCUUCCAGGUUGCUUUGCAACAAGCAGUAGUCAGCAAGCAAAGUCCAGUGGUAUAGGAUUCCUUGCUUUUUUACAGUAGUGCAGGGUUAGGCACAAAAGUCCUUUAUGGUCUCAUUUUCUAACCAUUAACAGAGGAUUUAAUUUGUUUGUGUUUGCAUUUGCAUCGAUAUUGCAUCAACAAAAUUGUCAGCUGCUUUCUCUCUAACAGGUUACUGAAGCAGGAAAUGCAGCUGGUCUGCAAAUCACUGGCAGAAUGUGCAGCACUAGCAGGCAGAGAAGUGAUGUUACAACAAUCAUAGAAUAAGGUUUUUAGCCUGAGCAAUUCUGCUUGAGAAGCUAUUGUGGAAGAAUUAACAAAAGACAGGCAGUGUGCAGCUAAAUAGAGACUCCUCUUUAAUAAUCUAUGAGAAUUUUUCUCUGCUCCCCUCUCUCUCAACUCUGUGGAGCAUUAGAGUGAUGAGGAGACCAUGCAUUUCAGGGAGACAUCUCAGCUGGAAAUGGAGAGCAGAAGGAAAGGCACUUCAGAUAUGGUGACCACUGAAAUACAGCUUUUCUGUUAAGAUUGCCUUUGGGGAUUCAUUAAUAAAGGUAACCUUGGAUCCCCUCGGGAAGGCUUCUUUCUUUUAUCCCUCAGAGCUCUACAAAGAAUGGCAAGAGCUGCUCUGCAGUAGAAACACCAGAAAAAUAUUCUGAGCAGCUCCACUGGCCUCCUUUCCCUCUAGACUGGACAAAUCUCAGGAAACAAAUGAGAUUGACUCUCUGGAAAAUCCUUGUUGAGUUGAACAGGAAAUAAAAACUAUAGGCAUUGUUAGCCCCAAUCAUAAAAUUUCACAGUGUUAUGCUGUUGCCAAGAAGUAAUUUAAAAAUUCUGCAGGAAAGCACUUGAAACAGAUAGAUUUUCAUCAAUAGGUGUUACAGGGUGAUUCCUAUUGGAUUACGUUGUUUACGUCCUUUACAUUCUAUUGUGUUUUCUGGAGGGGCAACACAGAGGAGUUACUAAGAGUAUUCCCAUCAGGUUUGGUUAAAAUGCCAAUGAGAGAGGGAAAGACCCUGCUAUUCAUUAGACAAAUCCAUGUAGUGCCAAACAACUCCCACAGCAAUGGCUCAGCUUCUGAAGGGGUUAAGUGGCUCAUUGGGAGCCCAGAAUGAUGCUUGGCAGGAAAAUAAUAAAUGUAUGUCUUUUUUUUCUGUCUGCAGACAUGACAAAGCUUUCAGGAUGCCCAAAAGUUACUCUCAAAUGAUCGCAGAGUGGCCCAUUGCCGUCCUGGUGCUGUGUUCAGUGACAGUUGUGAUUUGCACUUUAGCUGGCCUGCUUGUUGGAAAUUUGCCGGAUUUCUCAGAACCCCUGAUGGUAAGUCCCUGCAGGCAAUAUGUCAUUGUGAACAGAAGGAAAAUCCACAGGGCGACUAGUAAUGUGUUCUUUCUGCCAUACAAAACAAGCUUAUGCUUCCUUCCUUCUCUGCAGAUAGAGGCAGCAAGGCAGGACAGGAGGACACUAAAGCAACUAGAAAUAAAUGGCAAUGUUUAUCAGUGAUCUGCUGUGAUCUUUUCCCCUCUCAUCUUCACAGUGUGCAACCAAAGCAAGAUUCCUUCUGGAUGGACAUAAUGUUUCAGAGGUUUUGAGCCACGAGAUACCGACAUUGGCAGAAAGCUCAUCGUAUGGAGGAAUGUAGAGAGCCACACGGGCUACAAGAAGACCUUUUCCCUUUCUCCAUACGCUGAGAAGAAAAGCUACGAUGACAUUGGCAUUAGCAGAGGACAAAAGGCUGUUCAGGGAGGACAAGAAGCGAGAACACGGAGAAUGGUGGAACAAAUCUAUGGAGUAGAUGGUUUCUUUUGUGGUCCUCCAGAGAAAGGCUAUUCCCAGCUGGUAUUUAUGUCCACAACUGCUGGGAGCUUAUGGAACUUGCAAGCUAUUCAGUCCAUGUGUCAAAUUGAACAAGACAAGAUACGCUCACAUGUACAUUUUAGAGACCUCUGCCAACGUACUGAAGCCAAUGAAUGCUGCCCGAGCUGGUCUCUGGGGAACUACAUUGCUGUCCUGUACAACAGGUCUUCUUGUCUGGAGAUAACUCAAGGAGACAUUUCCCACACCCUGGCCCUCCUUCGUGCCUGCGCUCCAGACUACCACAAAGGUAUCCUCACUCCAUCUUGCAUUGGUCCUGAGACCAUGAGACAGAAACACUCUCAGUGUGCCAAAGUCCCAGAAAAAUGUACCCGCUUCAAUGCUAUUUACCAGCUUCUUCACUUCUUGGUCGACAGAGACUUUCUUAGUCCCCAGACAAUUGAGUACCAAGUGCCAUCCCUCAAGUACAGCCUGCUCUUUUUGCCUACAAGGAAAGGUGCAUCUAUGAUGGGGAUCUACUUAGACAAUCUUGAAUCCUGGGAUCUAUUUGAUAACUAUACAUCUAUCACUGGAAUGGACUUGGGCCUUAAACAGAAACUAUUCCAGCACUAUCUUUUACUGGAUACUAAGUAUCCAGUUCUGGCAAUAUUCGCUAUUUUUCUAAGCGUUUCUUUCUAUUUACGCUCGGUCUUUAUUACCUUGAUGGUCCUGCUCACUGUCGUCAGCUCUUUGAUGAUCUCCUACUUCUUGUACAAGGUGGCCUUCAGAUUCACCUACUUCCCUUUUGUAAACCUGACGGCUGUUAUCAUUCUCAGCAGCAUUUGUGCCAACCACACCUUCGUCUUCUUUGACCUCUGGAACCUGAGCAAGAGCCAGAACCCUUCUGCUGGGCUUUCACAGCGGGUGAGUCAAACCAUGCACCACUUUGCGUAUCUCAUGCUGGCAUCCUGCUUCACAACCGGUGCUGCCUUCUAUGCCAGCUACAUUAGCAACAUAAUAGCCAUCCGCUGCUUUGCUGUUUACAUGGGCACCUCCGUCCUGGUGAAUCUCGUAUUCAUGAUGACUUGGCUUCCUUCUUCGGCUGUGCUGUACGAGCGCUACAUUGCGACAGCCUGCGUUUACAAGCCAGAAGACUACUGGAAAAACACCGGCCACAAGAGAGUCGCUCUCUCCCUCCACUAUGUUCUCAGGGGUCUCCAGAAGACGUUGUGCGAAACCUCCAAGUUGUUAUUUGAAAAGCUUUUGCCUUGUGGGGUCAUCAAGUUUCGGUACAUCUGGAUCUGCUGGUUUGCCGCCUUAGCAAUCGGAGGUGCCUACAUCUCCUGUUCCAACCCAAAACUCAAACUCCCAACUCUUGAGUCGUCGUCUGUUCAGGUGUUCAGACUGAGCCACCCCUUUGAGAGGUACGACUCUGAGUACUGCCAUCAGUUCAUGUUUGAGAGGCUAGAGCGUGGAGAAGGGCAGCGUAUGCCUGUCACUAUCAUCUGGGGUAUCCUGCCUGUGGAUAAUGGGGACCAUUUCAAUCCAAAAAGCAAUGGCACCCUGGUGGCAGAUGCCACCUUCACUAUCCAAAGUCCCGAUGCCCAGAAGUGGCUCUUUGAAUUCUGUCAAAAGGUGAAGAACCAAACUUUCUAUUACCUUGAUACAGAGCAGAAAUCUACUGUGUGUUUCAUGGAGGAGUUUGUCAGGUGGAUGGAUAGUCGCCAGUGCUCCCAGAGAGACAACAGCUUCAGCCUGUGCUGUAACCAGUUCUCUUUCCCUUAUGGAAGCGAAGUCUUCCUACACUGCAUCAAAAUGAUGCUCCUGGAACAAGGCAGGGAAGGGGCAGAAACAUACGAUCUGGGCCUCAGAUUUGAUGGAGAGGGAAAUCUUGCUGCCUUAGUACUGCAGUUUCAAACUGUUUAUCACUAUAGCUUCAAUUACAGCAAAGCCAAACACUUCUAUGAAGAAAUCAACCUCUGGGUAACAGAAGAAAUGAAAACUGCCCCUGUGGGACUUCAGAAUGGGUGGUUUACCAGUAAACUAGAGCUAUACAACCUCCAGCACAGUCUCAGCACAGAAACAAUGGUGGUCAUGGGGCUCUCUAUUGCCAUUUCUUUUGUGGUGCUGCUGCUCACUACCUGGAAUGUUCUCCUUAGUGUUUUCUCUGUGACUGCCAUUGCAGGCACUGUCCUGGUAACCGUUGGCCUUUUGGUCCUCUUGGAGUGGCAGCUCAACGCAGUGGAGUCUCUCUUCAUUUCAGCUGCAGUAGGUCUCUCUGUUGACUUUACCGUCAACUACUGUAUCUCCUACCACCUGUGCCCCCAUUCGGACCGCCUGAGCCGAGUGGCCUUUUCCCUGAAGCAGAUGAGCUGUGCCACCGCGAUGGCAGCAUCUGCCUUGUUCUCUGCAGGAGUCAUUAUGUUGCCCGCUACAGUCCUGGCCUAUAGAAAGUUGGGCAUAUUUAUAAUGAUGAUCAAGUGUAUCAGCUGUGGGUUUGCCAGCUUCUUCUUCCAGUCACUGUGCUGCUUCUUUGGCCCGGAGAAGAACUGCGGGCAGAUCCUUUGGCCUUGCGCCCACACCAUAAAAGAUUAUUCUGAUGACUCUGAGCCAAAUGGAACCUAUGCCUGUGGGGGAAAUGAGAAGCAAAACCGACUGCGGAAGGUCCAGGAGUCCAACACUGCAAAUGAGCAAUACGAGCUCCAGCCUUUGUCCAGAAAACUCAGCGACAGUUUUGACAACAGCACAUCCACAAGCAAGCUGUCCAACAGGCCAUCAGUGCUCUCUGAAGACAUGCAAGCUGAAGAUAACAGGUGCCCGAGAAUAGGAACGCACCCUCCCCUUGAAAGAGAGAGACAGAAUCUGCAAGAGAACCUUGGAGAUGACCAGGCUGUCCUGUGCCAGUGUCCUGCCUUGCAAACUUCCUCUCCUUACAAGCACAGCAGCUCAGGAGCAGAAAUUCACAGGGAGAGGUUAUGCAGAGAUUGUCAGUGUCGGAAAUACAGCCCAAAAGCUUGGGAUAGUUCUGGGCUGGACUAUAUUCAGCCAGCUGGUGUGAAUGAAGAAGGGCAGCUCAAUAAAUCACAGUGCUCCACUGACACUGCCCAGCAGCAGUCGGAUUAUACCUCAGACAACAGCCAUCUUCCUGCUGCUGACAUCUACAAAAUUCACAGAUGCCUUUGUUCUCUUGGCAGCUCUUUUGACAUGCUCAACAUCUCCAGUGAGACAUCGAUUAGUGAUUUUGAACAAGGCCUAAAGCUCGCUGAAUCAGCCAGUUCUUGUCCUGAUGUCUUAGAGCUCUCUGAUUCGUACAGUCAAACAGAGAGAGGCUACUUGAACGGGAAGAGAGAUACACUGCGUCUGGACCUGAGGGAGACUGUCUUUGAUAUCUCUCCAGCAGCAUCACAGCAGAACAGCUCUUCGUGGAAAAAUCGAUUUGGAUUAGGGAGUGAAGGGCCCGUUGUGUUACCGAACAGCCAACCAGACAUGCCUGAUGUUUGGAUCAAGCGAUCUAGCGCUCAAAGUUCUGGUUACAACAGUUGAAAUCUUGCAGAAAACAAAACUGUACUGCUAGGGAAAGGGGAAAUCGAAACCUCCUUGGAACUGUAAAUAUCAUUUUUUUCCUCCCACCUCCCCUUGUGCUGAAACUAUUUUGUAGUAUUUCAGCUGUGCAAAUACCUGUGCUUUUACAGAACCAGCAAAUCUGAUAUUGCGAGAGGAUGUGAGAUCAGUCGUGGUGGAGUAUAAGCCCUUUGACCUUUCAGUGUCCUGUGCCAUAUUCACAGCUGUACUGCAGAACGUAUCAAGUAAACCUGUUUUGUCGUUUCCUGAAUGGUGAUUAGAUUUUUUCUUGUCAAGCUCACAUAGGAGGGAAAUAAUGAGAAGAAUCUCCCCAGAUAUUUAUAGACAGAGAGUUCAUGUCAAAAAAAAAAAAAAAGCGAGCCAAAACCCAAACCCACAGCUAUGGAAAACCUAGAUUUCAAGAGGAGAGAGUAGCAUUAAAAAAAAAAAAAAAAAAAAAAAGUCUUUCAUUUUCUACUGAAUCUGUGAAUUCAGGUUCGUAGAUCUCUACAAAACACCUCAGAUAUGAUUUUAAAUCUCUCACCAGAACUUUUCAGUUGGUACAGUCUCUUACUGAUCAUGGAAGGGGCUGUAGAACAAAACCCCAAUCUGUUUGUGGUGACAGUUUAGGCUUGUUUUCUCAGCAUAAUUACUGGUACUGCCAAAGAUCUUCGGCGAGGGAUCUCCUCUUCGAGAAGUGCUCUCAUCCCUUGGGAUGUGUUCUGUUUCCGCAGCUCCUUUCCACACAAAGAUACAAACACAUAACUUUUUAAAAUUUGCAUAUGAUUUUACACAUAUUUUUUGUUCUCUACCAGAAACGAGCAGAAAAGCAAGCAUUUCUUCCCCUUUGUCAAAAAACAGAUUCCCCCUACAAGUUGAUGUAAAAUAAACGCUUAUGGCAAACUUUUACUA